AUGCUUAAAACCUAUCUUACAAAGCUUGAACGGCCCUUAGUAGCAUUUUCUCGCCCUUGCCUUACAUACUUUUCUCAUACUUCCAGAAUGACAAACCUUGAAGACGCCAAAGUGAUUGCUUUUCAGGAAUUGAGCAACUCAAGGGCCAAAUGGGUAAGAAUGCAAAGAAUCAGGUACUUAGAUCCAACGGGAAAGGAAAGAGAUUGGGAAAUGGCGUCCAGAAAGAGUCGUGCCGCAGAAAGUGACGUCGAUGGUGUCGGUAUCAUCGCAAUUAUUGAAUCUCCUAAAGGUCCGCUUAUCAUAUUGCAAAAGCAGUUUCGACCUCCGCUGCAAGCAGUCUGCAUUGAAAUACCUGCUGGCUUGCUGGAUCCUGAUGAAUCUGUUGAGACAUGCGCCUUGCGUGAAUUGAAGGAAGAAACAGGGUAUAUAGGCAAGGUGACCUACAAAAGUCCACUAAUGUUCAACGAUCCAGGAUUCACCAAUACAAAUAUGUAUCUAGUAUUUGUUUCUGUCGAUAUGAAAGACGAAAGGAAUCAGAACCCUGUUCCCGAACUGGAGGCUAACGAGUUCAUUGAAACAUUCACUGUUCCACUGGAAGAAAUAUCGCAGAACUUAGAGAGGCUCUCCUUUGAGGGAUACAAGCUCGAUGCCAGAGUUCAAAGCAUUGCAGCAGGCAUCCAACUCUCCAGACAAUUCGGGGUCCAGUAG